AUGAAGACGGAGUUCAACACUCGUUAUGGACAAUACGAGUUUGAAGUCAUGCCAUUUGGAUUAACCAACGCACCGGCGGCGUUCAUGCGGCUAAUGAAUGAAGUGUUUCACGACUACCUGGACAGCUUCGUGAUCAUCUUCAUCGACGACAUUCUAAUCUAUUCCAAGACCAAGGAGGAACAUCAACGACACUUGAAGAAAGUUUUGGAAAGAUUAAGAGGUCAAAAACUCUAUGCAAAGUUUAGCAAAUGUUGUUUCUGGAAACGGGAGAUAGGUUUCUUAGGACAUCGGAUUUCUGAACAAGGCGUAUCAGCAGAUUCGGAGAAGAUUGAAGUGAUCAAGGAGUGGCCGACACCAACCAAUGCAACAGAAGUGAGAAGUUUCCUUGGAUUGGCGGCCUACUAUCGGAAAUUUGUCAAUGGAUUCUCAUCCAUAGCCAAACCCAUGACAAAGCUAACCGGAAAAAAGGAGUUCCCUUUGUAUGGAGUGAAGAAGCGGAGGGAGCAUUCAACAAACUUAAGGAAGCAUUAA